AUGUCUAUUCCACCUCAGUACGGACCUACCGCACUACCUCAAGGAGCAAACGACGGCGGCGACGGCUCCUCCCUUGACAAGGCAACGUGGGUAGCUGGCAGCGACAAGACCAAGCCCAGCUUCAUUGUACUGCAAGGCAAAGACUAUGUACGCUGCAACAUGGGCGAUGCUCUCCAGUUCUACGACACCGGCUACCGUAUAUUCGACCCGCCUACUGGUCGCCGAGUCAAGUUCCAAUGGAAAGGUGAUGAUCGUCCCAAGUUCGCUGCUUUCGCACACCAGUACUGGGAAAUCCAAAUGGAGGAACAUGCCUCCUUGGUGAGGGGUGAUCGCUUGCCUGGAGAGGAUCUGGGUGAAGAUGCGGAGGAAGAGUAUGAGUUCGCAGGAGAUUCGGUCUUCGACCGUGCCGAACAACCUCCUUCGACGCCCUCGAGGAGUACACAUGGAAACCUAGCUACGUCUCCUCCCUCCGGCGGUCGUGGACGCGACAGUCCUUCAACUCCACGAGGCCCCAGCUCUGGCGGUCAGCCAGGAUCUGGCCGUGGUUCAGCUGGCCGCGGCUCCAACACUCCCCGAGGUCGAGGCUCAGGUGGCUCCGGACGAGGUCAAGGAUCGCCGCGGUCGCCGACGUCACCCUCCUUCGGCAAGGGUAAGGGUCCAGCUGGCUCACCUGGUGGCGACUCUCCCGGCGCUGGAGCGGCUUGA